GUCCAAGGCAUGGAAAGCGGGAAACCGAGUGCUGACGCGACAGUUUGCAUGACAGGGCCUCUCCAUAGGGUUUACCGUGAGCUUCUAUCACUGUAAGUAUUGCCGCUUUGUCCCCCGACCCCCCUGACGACCUUUCGGGCGACGGUGAGCCAGAAUUCUGAACAGAACGUCUACGCAGAUGCUCUGGCGAGUUACAUGGGCAUCCACAUGUGGGAUAUCCCACCGCACGACAUGUUCAUCGCCCGGCGGUGGAACUACGUGAACAUGGCGCUGUACAACCCGAUCCUGGCGCUCGUCAAGUCGUCGGUGCUCAUCUUCCUCCUGCGACUGGGCGGCACGAAGAGGCCCGUGUGGUGGUGUAUUCACGUCCUCAACGUGGCCAAUAUUUGCCUGAUGAUCGGGACGUUCUUCGGUGUUCUCCUCCAGUGCUUGCCGAUCCACUCGAACUGGGAUCCGACUGUCCCGGAGGACGAGAAGACAUGCGUGGAUGGCAAGGCCCUGACGGUGGGGACGGCGAUCAUCACCAUCAUCACGGACGUGUUGGUGCUAGCGCUUCCCUUUUGGAUCUUCCUGGAAUUGAAGAUGGCGAGACGGGUCAAGAUUGCACUGCUGGGCGUGUUCAUGUUGGGUAUAGUCGUGACGAUCGUGGGUUGCAUUCGGCUAUGGUCGAUCCUCGACGUUUUCCGGCAAUUCGAGACGGGGAAUAUCGACCCGGACCUGACAUACAGCCUGGGCCCAACGACGUCGGUCAUCGAGAGCAACGUCGCCAUCGUGACGGCAUCGGUGCCGGCGCUGUGGCCUCUGUUCCGGCAGUGGUUCCCCAACGCGUUUGCCAAACUGGGCGGGACGUACGGCACGGGGCCCUCGGGCGAUAGCUCAUACAGUAAAAAGGGGUCCAGGAAGCUGGUCACGAUUGGAGGGUCUGGGCACAAGACGCUCGACGACAAUAGCUUCGUGAUGAAGCCCAUCCGCGGGAUCGGUCGGACCGAGAUCAGGUCGUAUACACCGUCCGGGAGCGAGGAGGAAAUCAUGCGGUGUGACGCCGGCAUCAUGAGGACGACGAAUGUGGAGAUAGGUUACGAACCGGGCGAUUUAACGGGGGACAGGGAUCGGGGGAUUGCGCGGUGAUGACCGGAGAGAUGACGGUGUACCUCAUUCAGCCUGAGGUUUUAUCAGAGAAUCAGGGAUGUUUUCCUCUUUUCCUUCGGCUGAGAAUAUUGAGACGGAGGACUAAGACAGAGCGAGGGAGAAGUUCCGGGCUUACUCCUAGAUCUGGUGUCGGGAGAUAUACACGCAUAUACAAACGGAAGGGGGGGGAUGGAAAAUAAAAAGGGGAGACGAAACCAGUUGCACUACAUAAUCUAAGGAAAGGGGAACUAUAUCAAAUGGCAAUAAGUUGACUGUCUUGAGGGAACGAUAAAAGGGGAAAUGGGAAAAG